CAUUCCGCAUUUGCUUUUUCCCGAAAAUGUAUGCUCAAACCCGGAAUAAUCGCUAGAUCUAAACCCCUUCCGAAACUGCUUUAUCUUAUCACGUACACGCCCACAGUAUUAAAACUCAGCCGAGAAACAAUUAUGAGAAUCCUAGGAUUCCAGAACUAUCAACUUUUUUAAUCAAUUUCCACAAGAAAAGUCGGUUACUUAACUUUCACUAGAGGCAGCUUCAACGUUUCAACUUUAUUGAUAGCUUGAUUCUUAAGCGGUACCUGUUACCAAAUUUUCAUUUUUAUAGCAUUAUCUAUUUACUCCCAAAUCUCUAAAGUAGAAAUCUCACUUCUAAAUUCUGAAUACUCGUUGGAACAGUAGCAGCAGCAACAAACAGUCAAAAAAAAACCUAAUUGUAAUCCUUACAACCCUCAAGUUUCAAAUUCAUCUGCAUUUACCUUCCAAUUUCAUCUUCAAUCUAGAUUUUUAUAAUCUGGGUCUUGCUUCUUUUCUGAUUUUGGAAUCUCAAUCAAGGAAAAAAGAAGAAGAAAGAAUGGCGACUCGUUUUCAAAUAGGUUAUGCAUUCAAGCCAAACAAGAAGAAUUUCAUCACAGAUGCAGUGGUGAAUGAAUCGAAACAAAGAGGUAUUGAUCUUAUCAAGAUAGAUACUGAGAAACCAUUGAUAGAACAAGGUCCAUUUGAUUGUAUUUUACAGAGAUUAUCUACUGAGAUUUGGUUUAAACAGUUGGAAGAAUAUACAUUACAGAACCCUGAUGUUUUGAUUAUUGAUCCUCCUUCCAAAAUUGAAGUUCUUCAUGAUCGUUACUCAAUGUUGCACUGUGUAGAAGACAUGAUGAAAAUGAAAGGUCAUGAGAAUGAAAUCGGAAUGGCCACUUUUGGUAUACCGAAACAGGUUCUGGUAACUGAUGUUGAUUCAUUGAUGAAUGUGAAUGCGGAGGGGGGGUUGCAGCUGAAAUUCCCUUUGAUUGCAAAACCAGAAAUCGUUGAUGGGACUAUGCAGUCGCAUAAGUUGUCAUUGGUGUAUAAUCUGGACGCUUUGAGAAAAGUUCAAACCCCGGUUGUGUUGCAAGAGUUUGUUAAUCACGGCGGUGUUAUGUUCAAAGUUUAUGUUGUUGGUGAUUACGUGAAAUGUGUCAAGAGGAAUUCGUUGCCGGACAUAUCUGAGGAAGAGUUGGAGGGGAAGAAUUCGGAAAAGAAUCCUGUUACGUUUUCGCAGAUAUCGAAUAAGGCCUAUGAGGAACAUAGUGACCAUAUGUCCAACGAGGAAAUGCGUAUGGAAAAUGCUGUAAUGCCGCCUGAUAGUCUGGUCACUUAUAUUGCUAGAGGGUUGAGCAAAGCUACGGGACUGCAUCUGAUUAACUUUGAUGUCAUUAGGGAUUCAAGAGUCAGUAAUCAUUAUCUCGUUUUUGACAUUAAUUAUGCCCCUGGGUAUGAGAAGAUGCCUGAUUAUGAAUUUGUUUUGGCGGAUUUCUUUUGUGAUCUUAGACAAAGAAAACAGAACUCAUCGAGUGAAGAUAUGAAAAAGGAACAAGAAGAGUAGUCUACGAAACAGUUGUUCGUCUAUUGCAGGUGAAGACCGUUGAUGAAUUGCUGAGUACGGUCGAUGGGCGAAUGACUGGUUCAAUCUCUAAUAAAGGACUAAUGGAUUAACAUGGAUUCUGCUGGAGCGUUGGGAAGGUAAAGUUCUUCUCAUUCUUUCGGAAAUUCCAAAUGUUGUGUUGUCGUUAGUUAUUUGAAUAAUUAGUUUGUUAUAAUCUGAUUUUGUACUUCUCAAGGGGUUUGGUUUUGGUAUCUCAUCAUGUUGAUUGUUAUAUGUAUGUGGUACCAGAGGUACCCAUUUUCUCAAAUUUACUUAAGAUUUUGGAAGUUCAAAGUUGUAUUUUCGAGGCUGGUAUAGUUUCAUGCUUUCAUAUAUCCCUUGUAAUAAUGUUCACUGAUGGUGUAACCUUCAGUGCUCGGAAUUUUUAUUCUGGAAAUAAGAUGUACACUUCCAUAGCUUCCAGUGACGUUGAUUGGAUUUAUUUUCA